UCCAGGUGGUGGUCGAGAUUCCGCAAACAGACAUAGGCUACAUCAAAUAGGCCUACACCAAAACGUCUUUGAACUGGAGUUUGGCGCUGCAUAAAGUCGCUUGCCUAAAAAACUAUUUUCAUGGAAAGGCUCCAAGAUCUGUUGUAGUAACCACAGCGGUGGUGCUUACUUGCGAUCUCUCGAGAAACGGGAAAAAUUGUCUCGGCCUGGAAGCGGCAGACGCAGCCAAGUUUGACAGAACGAACUCUUCGCUGCGUUUUGAUGUGCGCACGUCCAGAUUGAUUAAAGAGAAAUUUGGAAAGAUGUUCAAGAAAAGCAAAAGCAAAGUGUUGGUGGACUAUGCGUCGGAGGAGGACGAAAUAUCCUGGCAUCAUCAACACACUUACAAGGAUAAGGACCCAGAGGGGGAGGAUGAGGAAGAGGCAGUGAGUCCUGUAUCCAAGGAGGUGAAAGUGAAGAAAGUCAAGUCCAAGAAGGAGAGGAGGGAUAAGAAGAUGUUUUCUUCUCAGGAUGACGAGCACUUCCUACUGACAGGGGUCACACUGGCCGACCGCAGAGGGUCCCACAAGAAGAACAAGGAGGAAGGGAAGGAGAAGAACAAGCCAAUCUUAGAGAAGGGCCACUGCUUCUGGGACAGCGUCACCAUGACGAUGAGGCAGAUCACGCCCACCAGGAAACUGGAAAAGCUGGAGGGCUGGGAGCCGCCGCAGUUGCCCGACCAAACCGAGACACCCACCGAGGAGGCAAUGGAGGAUCAGAGUGGGACCAGGGACUCGCCUGUGUACUUCCCCCAGGCACUGGGGCUCCCGCUGGGGCUGCCCUCCUGGACAGGUCUGGGUCUAGAGGAAGACUCGUCGCACUACGCCAACCUGUCAGAAUCACGGGAUUCCACGGCCGUCAGGUGGACGGCCCGCGCCAAAGGCAAGCUGGCCGGAAUCAGGAGGCGGAGCCGAGGGAGCGUUUCGGAGACAUGGGAGGGGUUUAAAUAAAAGCUUUACCCCUUACCUGCCAGCAAUCCCUGCCCCUCACCUCUUUCCUCAAAUUAAGAGGAGGGAAAAAGACAUGCCUGUCUGUCUCUGUGCUGCAUAAAGAACUGAUUUUGUAUUCCUCCAUUGACAUUCUGAGUGCAGUCCUGACGUUUCCGUACAGCAUAGAUGAACAUAUAUCCCUAUAUCCAUAUGACUGUUCACUCCACAACAUAGCAGAUGAACUUACAAAGCAGACAAAGUCACUAAAAUCUAUUAUUGUUGACUUUGUGUGUAAAUUGUGUGUAAAUUGUGGUGUUUUAAUGUUGCAGAGACAUUGAGCCUGGGAACACAUUAUGCUAGGUUGAUCUGAGUGGAUUGGUUUGGCAGUGUAGAGAAAAGGAUCACCAUCUUGAAAAGGAUCACCAUCUUGAAAAGGAUGUCAUAGAUAAGAGGUUGGAAAGUAAAAAAGCAAACACAUGAA